AUGACUGGGGACCGCACAGGUCAAGCUCCCGAGGCCAACACCGUGUUCCUGCGGCCCAAACGGGCCAAGACAUUUAUGGAAGAGUUCAGACAGGGGAACCUGGAGCGGGAGUGCUACGAGGAACAGUGCGACUUUGAAGAGGCUCGCGAGUACUUUGAAGACACCCAGAAGACAAAAACCUUCUGGGCUGUUUACUCUGAGCCGAUCCAGGAUGCUGAUUUAAUGUCCGAUUUAGUGGCUGAAAACAGAACCCAAAUUCCAACAAAGACCUGGACAACUUUGGAAAGUCUGAUUGACUCUGAAAUAGAAGAUGAGUCAUAUCGCCAGUCAGGGUAUUGUCCACCAGGAGAAUGUCCAUGGCAGGCCCUCCUUUUCAAUGAAAAUGAAAUAGUUCUUUGUGGAGGAACAAUACUCAAUGAAAACAUCAUCCUGACAGCUGCCAGCUGUGUAAACCAGUCAGAUGACUUCAACAUCAGGCUCGGUGAGUUUGACAGGUCAGUGAAUGAAGGUACUGAAGUUGACCACAAAGUGGAAGCAGUCCUCGCCCACAGAAACUACAAUGAGCAAACCUACGAUAAUGACAUUGCACUCAUCAAACUGGCUACACCUAUCAAGUUCACGAGGUUCAUCCUGCCAGUCUGCAUUCCUGAGCAAGACUUUGCCAAAAAGGUCCUGAUGCGGGAGCCAGUAGCUGUGGUCAGUGGUUUUGGACGUCUUGGGGAGGCUCAGAUUCCAUCCAUGAUCAUGAAGCGCCUCAUUGUAACCCACGUGGACCGUCAAACCUGCAUCAAUUCCACUCAGUUUGUAGUCACUAAUGGCAUGUUCUGUGCUGGCUACAAAUCUAGGGAUGCUUGCCAAGGUGAUGGUGGUGGGCCACACAUCACACGUUAUAAUGACACCCACUUCAUCACUGGCAUUGUGAGUUGGGGCGAAGGCUGCGAACGCAAGGGCAAGUAUAACUUCUACACCCAGGUGUCCAGGUACAUUCAAUGGAUCCACGAGGGUAUCAAGAAGCUGAUGGCGAAA